AAAAGAAAAAAAAAAAAAAAACAACACUCAAAACUGAAAACUCAAAAACCCUCAACUUUCAUACCAUAUAGGGGGAAAGCAAGAUACAACGGAUAAAUGCAACGAACCACCCACAUAUAGAAUUCAUGGCAUGCAUAUGGCAACAGAUUUCACAUUAAGGAAAAUUAGGCGCAUACAAGAGAGAGCGAGGGUAGGGGGAGAGAAGGUCAACAAAACUUGAUUUAAAUCAUAUAUACGAUGAUUCCCACUCUGUUUUUCUUCCUUGCUGCCGCCCCCUCUCUUUACUCUUUAUCCUCGUUCUUUUCGAUUGAUAUUCAUUAUUAUUAUUAUUUAUUAUUAUCAUCGCAAUUAUUUGUCUAGUUACUUUGCUUUUUGCUUUACGCCUUUUUCAUGUUUCUUCUUUAUCUCAUUCCAUCAUCAUUUUUCUUAAACGCAGCCAGUUGGCAUGUAUGGCUAUAAGUUUUGGUCUCUAGCUAUGUGUAAUGAAUUGGAUGGAUUGAAUAGUUGAUGCGCAGGGGGUUCUGUUGAGAAACCAUUUUUUCAAUUCUUCCAUCUUCACUUCGUUUUCGCUUUUCUUGUAACACCCUUCUUCUUUUUAUUUUCCCACCCCUCCCUCUCUCCUUUAUUCCCCUCAAUAAUUCCCAUCCAAGGACUGGUCCCCCCUGUGAAGCUGGUCCCAUUUUCCUUCCAUUCCUCUUGCUUAUUCUCUUUUCAUGCUUUGUUCCUUGUGCCAUUUGCCCAUCUCAUCUCCCAUUUAUUACACCCUCUCUCUGUUUCUUGCUAUUCCUAGCCCGUCCGUCGAAUAGGACACGAUGCGUUCUUGGUUUGCUAGUCAGGGAUGUGUGUGUAUAUAUAUAUAUACCUACUAUAGUCAAAAAGGGAAUCUGGUCCUGUCCUGGAGGAGCGCUGGAGGCGGGCUGCUUUAACCCGGCUGCCUCACCCAUUGCGAGGGUGAGGAGGGUGAGAGGCGGAGGUGAGGGCAUCCAGUCAACCCAAGUGGAACCGUUUCAGGAGAGUCCGUUUCAGGGGAAGAAAAUUGUCGGCUCUCGGCCUUUCAAUUCUUCCCUCAUCAGCUCAUGUGACUAAAGUUUUUCAUCGUUCUUGCUUUUUGUGAGAGUAUUGUUAUUGUCCUUGUGUGAUCCAGUAAUUGCAACAGGAAACCUGCCUCUACCUCAAGGUGAGGUGUUUUUUGAUGCAGAGGCUAUGGGAGCUCUGCAAGGCCUGAGAGAUGCUAUCACCUCUAAACAGGCCAGAUAUACCAACAAUGUCCACAUCUGCCUAGACAACCUAGAGGUUGCAAGGUCUCUAGGCAAUCAGACCAACACCUCUAGCCAGCAGAUUUUUGCUCAGUUCCAGGAGGCAGAGUUAGCCUGGCAGCAGAGAGUGAGACUCCCCCACACCAUCCGAGGAAGGGUAGUUAAUAGUCAGAUGGGUCCCAGGGCACGCAGGAAUACCAGGCAACGACAGGGCCGGCCAGGAAGCCAAGGCUGCUGCGACAACAGGCAGGCCAAAGAGAGGGCCAGACAGGACUUCGAGGAGUACUGGGCCCAGAACAUGCCAAAACGUUACGCCGAUCUUGAGAUCCUCUUCGAGGGGUGUGACGGCGCGGAUUCGGACACUGGGUUGUUAGGGCUAAGCACUAGGGCAACAACAGGAUUCGCCUGACAGGAUGAUAUAAAUGUGUUAGGUAGCUGGUCAUCUAUAGAGAGGAAGCUCCUACGCUUCACACUUGGGAAACUAUACGCCAGCCG